AUGGAUCUCGCCAGUUUGAAGGAGGCUGCGUCCAAUUUGACCCUCUACGAUUUGAAGGCUGGCGUGAGAAAGGUACAAAAUGCUGUGAUGAAUUAUACCGAAAUGGAGGCCAAAGUAAGAGAGGCGACAAAUAAUGAGCCAUGGGGUGCUAGUUCCUCAUUGAUGCAGGAAAUCGCGAAUGGCACAUAUAACUAUCAACUACUUAAUGAGAUUAUGCCGAUGAUUUAUAAGAGAUUCACAGAGAAAGCUGCCGAAGAAUGGAGACAAAUAUACAAAGGAUUACAACUACUCGAAUUUUUAAUCAAGAAUGGCUCCGAGCGUGUCAUUGAUGAUGCGCGAUCCCAUUUGACGCUCCUCAAGAUGCUACGCCAAUUUCAUUUCAUCGAUCAGAAUGGCAAAGAUCAAGGUGUUAAUGUUAGAAACAGAGCCAAGGAACUGGCUGAAUUACUUAGUGAUGUAGACCGGAUUCGGGCGGAGCGCAAGAAAGCACGAGCAACACGAAAUAAAUAUACUGGAGUAGAAGGUGGAGCAGGAAUAGGUGGUGGAAUGUCCAGUUCCAGUAGAUAUGGAGGAUUUGGAAGUGAGGAACAAGGUGGUUAUGGUGGAUAUAGUGGAGGUGUAUAUGGAGAUGGUGGCGGAUUUGGGGGUCAGUCUAGCGAUUUCCAAGAUUCUGGUAAUCAUGGGGAUUUUGGUGGAAGCAGCAGCCGCAGAGACAAGUUUGAGGAAUAUGAUGAGUAUGACGAGGGUGCAGCUCCUUCAUCGUCGCGAAGACAGGCCGAGAGCUCCUCAGCAUCAUCCAAUCGCAAAAGGGCUGGAACUGAGCGAUCGACAAAAAAAGUCGAACCCCCCAAGAAGAAGGAGCCGGAAGUCGAUUUGUUCUCUUUCGAUGACCCAAUACCCGUAUCCACCCCGGCGGUUGCACCUGCAGCAUCAAAUAGUCUGGCCGAUGAUGAUGACUUUGAUGAUUUUCAAUCUGCGACUCCAGCACAACCGGCUGCCCCCGCUGCAUUCUCUCCAAUUUCACAGCCCACCGCUACUACCACUGUUAAUACACAAUACGCCGCACCUCAGCCAGUAUCGGCACCAAAAGCAGCAAACUUGAGUGAUAUGGUUGGUUUCUCGUCGAUUUCACCAGCAACAAGCACCAACAACACACCGGCCAACUAUUCUGCAUUUUCUCCACCUGCUAUUGCUCAACAGCCACGUCCAAUUCAAACAGGUUACCAAGGCACACAACCAAAUUAUUUCACGUCGGUUCAAGCCGCCAGCACACAAUCUAAGCCUAUGUCGGCAGCAUCCUCCAUCAAGUCGCCCACAUCUGCUAAGUCAUCUGGGGGAGAUGCUUUCGGAUCCCUGUGGUCUACUGCCAGCGCUGGUAUCAAAAAGACAAGCACUCCCACGACUUCCGGCCCAGCAUUAGGACAAUUGGCCAAGGAGAAAGCAAGUGCAGGUAUUUGGGGGGCAUCAUCUGCUGGAUCGGCUCCUUCACAAACUUCACAAUCUUCUCAAAAGCUAGGAAAUGGAUUAGAUGAUCUAUUGGGUUGA